GAAGUCUCUCUAGCCGCGCCGCGUCGCUAUGGUAGAGUGGGCGGGACCAGGGGAAAGAUGGCGGCCUCCGCAGCGGCCGCUGAGCCGCAGGCUUCGGCGGGUCCUCGACCCCCAGUGUGUUUGUUGGUGUUGGGAAUGGCGGGAUCUGGGAAAACCACCUUCGUACAGAGGCUCACGGGACACCUGCAUUGCCAAAACUCUCCACCUUAUGUAAUCAACCUGGACCCAGCUGUGCAUGAAGUUCCCUUUCCUGCCAAUAUUGAUAUUCGUGACACUGUGAAGUAUAAAGAAGUCAUGAAACAAUAUGGACUGGGGCCCAAUGGUGGCAUAGUGACCUCACUCAAUCUCUUUGCUACCAGAUUUGAUCAGGUGAUGAAAUUUAUUGAGAAGGCCCAGAACAUGUCUAAAUAUGUCUUGAUUGACACACCUGGACAGAUUGAAGUAUUCACUUGGUCAGCCUCUGGGACAAUCAUCACUGAGGCCCUGGCAUCCUCAUUUCCAACGAUUGUCAUUUAUGUAAUGGACACAUCGAGAAGUUCCAACCCAGUGACCUUCAUGUCCAAUAUGCUCUAUGCCUGCAGCAUCUUGUACAAAACCAAGCUGCCUUUCAUUGUGGUCAUGAAUAAAACUGACAUCAUUGAUCACAGCUUUGCAGUGGAGUGGAUGCAAGAUUUUGAGGCUUUCCAAGAUGCUUUGAAUCAAGAGACUACAUACGUCAGUAACCUGACCCGUUCAAUGAGCCUGGUGUUGGAUGAGUUUUACAGCUCACUAAGGGUGGUGGGUGUGUCUGCUGUUGCGGGUACAGGCUUGGAUGAAUUCUUUGUGCAAGUCACCAGUGCUGCAGAAGAAUAUGAAAGGGAGUAUCGACCUGAAUAUGAACGUCUGAAGAAAUCACUGGCCAGUGCACAGAGCCGGCAGCAGAAAGAACAACUGGAACGCCUUCGGAAAGAUAUGGGCUCUGUAGCCUUGGACUCAGGGACUGCCACAGAUAGCUUAUCUCCUGCGCGGGACCCUUCUGACUUGAUCCUGACUCGGGGAACCUUGGAUGAAGAGGACGAGGAAGCAGACAGUGACACUGAUGAUAUUGACCACAGAGUUACAGAGGAAAGCCAUGAAGAGCCAGCAUUCCAGAAUUUUAUGCAAGAAUCAAUGGCACAGUACUGGAAGAGAAACAACAAAUAGUUGCUAGAAGUCCCAAAGUUUGGAACUCUGUGAAGCAGCUGUCCUGACUUCUGAUUGACGCUUAAUAUAAAGGACAAUGUGUUCAGAACAGCAGCUUCUUACUAGGGAAAUCGGGCUCAGAUGAUGCGAGGGAUACAUGUUUGGACCUGGCACAUAAAUGCCGAUUCCUCUUGACCUUUCCCUGGGACUUUCGCAAGGAAGGAUAUUCUGCCUGUUCUUGGAUGCUGAUACUCCUUCGGGUGUAUAACUUCAAGCUUUAUCAUUUGAAUUCAAGUACUUUUUCUGCUGACAGAUGGAAUAUAGAGAGCUUAUUGUUCACUUCAGAUCUCUAUUAUUAGGCUGGAUCUAUAGCCUCUACUUCCAUGGCAUCUUGCCGUUGACCCACGAGUUACUCUCCUUUUAGCAGAAAGAGAGAGGGGAAAUACGAGCUUGUCCAGAGUGGCAGCGGAGUCUCCUUGGCGACCAAUCAAUGUUGGUAUGAAAUGUGCCUCACACUGGGUAGCUCAUUACAGGACACCAGGUUUGUUGAAGAAAGUAGGCAAAAUGAUAAGAAUUCUGCUUUCAAUGGUGACUUGGAUAAAGAGUUUUGAAUUUUAA